CAAAAUUCCUGUCAUUAAAAAUCAACCUUCCACCUAUGUAGAGUAUUCAAUAAUCAUACUCAAUUUCUAUUAUUAAUUCCUUUGUUUCAAUUUAUUGUGUUUGGAUUGUGUUCUUGCUGCAAAAAUGAUAUGGAAAGUAUGUUCUUCGUGGAUUGUGUUCUUAAUCAUAUGCUCAAUAACAAUUUCAAAGAAUAACGCCGCCGCCGCUGGCGGCGGCCGGCAUCAUCCUCCGUCUGUCGCACUCCUUAUGGGCACUGUCUACUGUGAUGAUACGUGUUCCCAUCAUUCCUCCAGACGUGAUACCCACUUCAUUUCAGGAGCAUCUGUUGCCGUUGAAUGUAGAGCAUGGAGUAAGGGGCGGCGGCAGCGACGGCCAAGUUUUCGCCGGGAAGUGAAGACGACCGACGGCGGGGAAUUCACGGUGCGCCUCCCUUUCUCUGUAGCCAAGAAAUCCAGGGGACGAUGCUCUGUUACGCUGAUAAGCAGCGGCGAUCCGAACUGUGCCGUGGCGGCGGAGACCACAUCGCCGAUCCGCCUCAAUAAUAUGGAAAGGAAGAUAGAAGGGAACUAUGUGGUUUUCUCAGCCGGCUCUUUCGCUUUCCGGCCGCUCAAAUCGCCGGAGCUUUGCAACCAGGAGCCGCCUAAUAAUGCUAAUUCGGGAAAGUUAGAGCAAGUUGAGCCUGUUAUUUUCCCUCCAUUUGGGGUUAUACCGCCCAACCCUUUACUGCCGCCGCCGUCCAUAAUUCCACCGAUUAUCCCUUCUCCGCCUGCUCCGAUCUUCCCUCCGCUAUUCCCAUCCCCGCCGCCUUCAAUAUUUCCGCCACUUCUCCCGCCGCCUCCUUCGUCUCCGCCUUCGAUAUUCCCGCCGCUUUUUCCAUCGCCUCCCACUCCGCCGGCUUCGGUGUUCCCUCCAUUGUUCCCACCCAUUCCGGGAAUCACUCCGUCUCCUUCUCCACCGCCACCUCCGGCCCCGUUCUUCCCAUUUCCUUUCCCUCCGUUUCCUUUCGAACCGUCCCCUGGCAACCCUCCGCCUUCCACUUCCUCUUCUGCUCAGAACAACUCUCCCUAGUUAAUACGGAGUAUAAACUACAAUUACAUGCCAGAGUACUUGUUAAAUAUGGCAGUUAACUUUCCUUAUUAUCUUAUUAUGAAGUGUAAUUACUUAUUGAGUUUUUGGGGUGUUUGUUGCCUAAAGUACAAUACAUUUGUCCACAUCCAUCCAUUAAAAUAGUGUAGUUGAACUAUUUAAAUGAAAAUUAAAAUUGACAAAAUGUCAUAGAUC